AUGACCGGCACAAACCUUCUCGACGCAACCUGCGUCUGGACGCUGACCGCAGGCUACAGCCACCUCACCGGCAUCGACAUCGACAUCGACGACGCCCUGAAGACCACCUGCGCCCACCACGCCAGCGACUCCUCGCCGUGGCAGCAGGCCUACGAGAUCUUCAUCGCCAUCCUGCUGACGGUGAUCGUGACCUUCAGCCUGAUAGCGGGCUGCAGCAGCCGGGCGAAGCUAGUGCGCAAGCUGCGCGAGACGCCCUCGUACCGGAUCCACCGCGAGCUGGAGAACAUGUACGAGGAAUACUGGGUGUGCACCGCGAGCCGGAAGCUGCGGGAGGCGUGGCGCCGGGCCGGCAGGAGGUACGUCAGCGUGACGUACGUGGAUGAUGCCGUGGCUAUGAGGCGGACGGUCACCGUUGUCGAGGACUUACGGCUAGCGCCUAGGCCUCGGGCGGGCGACGCCGAGAGGGAGGGCGUCAAGGACGAGGAGCGAGGGAGGGCGUAUGAGCUGCAGGAUAGGACAGGGCGAGCAGGAGCAGGAGCAGGAGCAGGAGCUGGAGCAGGAGCAGGAGCUGGAGCUGGAGCUGGAGUAGGAGCUGGAGCUGGAGCUGGAGCAAGAGCUGGAGCUGGAGCAGGAACUGGAGCAGGAACUGGAGCAGGAACUGGAGCUGGAGCAGGAACUGGAGCUGGAGCAGGAACUGGAGCUGGAGCCGUUGCGCCGCCGCCAAAUCCUGCGGCCAGCCAGGCUCCAUCACUGGCAGUCCCUCCUCCUGUGGCGACGAGAGAUGAGAGCUAUUUGGUUGCAAUAGACUCAACAUUCACGGAUGAGGAACUGAGGGCAUCUCCACCACCAUACCAGCGCGGGCGAUACACGGUCUGA